AUGAACCCACGGCGUGACGCGCAACGUCGUGUCGAGAACGCUCUACAGCUAUGGGUUCUUGAAGCGAAAGGAGUACCUGCUAAGAGAAGGUAUUACUGCGAAUUGUGCCUGGAUAAGACGUUGUAUGCUAGAACGUCAUCAAAACCGCUCAUUGACAAUGUCUUCUGGGGAGAACACUUCGAUUUUACAAUGCUACAGAAGAUGGACGAAGUGUGCAUUAAUCUCUACCGCGAAGGUGAUCCAAAGAAGAAGAAAGAGCGCUCCACAUUAAUUGGAUACAUAUUGAUCGCCAUUGAACAACUCAGUAGCAGACACCCUGUCGAGCGAUGGUCAGUAGCAAUUAGCCUACACAAAUCGCCAUCUUUGGCAUCGUUUUUCACACAGUCUGGUCGUGUUCAAUCACUGUACGAUAAUGGCUUUAUCAGAGCGUGCGCAUGCUCUGCACUUGCGCAACAUAUGGAGUCGAAACCGAAACUGGACAGGUCAAAACCAUCUGUUGCAACGGAAUUACUUUGA